GUCAAAGAUGGUCCAAGAUAUGCUACUAUCUGAUAGCAGCUGAAGAUGGGCCAGCCCUCGAGCAGAGCGAGGCAUCCAAGAAGCACCUGACAAGUCCUCGCUCUCAUCACCACAUGGUUGGGUGUGCAUUGGGAACUGGUGUCAGCAGGAGCUCUGCCCAGGGAAGGCUGAUAAACCUCCAGGUUAGUUUGUGCCUGUCUGGCCCCUGAUAUUUCGCCUUGAAUUAGGAGGGUGAGAAGGAGGGAAGGAAUGAAGAACCCAGGCCAGUUGCCAGUCACUGGGCUGCAUUACUCAGCUGAAUCCAUUCGCACAAGGUCACAAGUGCAAGGAGAGGAACUCACAGUACACCUACCCAGGGGAAAGGGUGGCUAUGUCUAUUUUGGUUUCUUAUUUUUCCAAUCUUAAAUUCAGUUCUCCACAUUACCACAUCAGUUGGCAAGUUGUCUGUCUGUUAGUUUUUAAAAGUCUUCAUGAAAAUUCAUCAGGAUUUUAGUGCAACUUUUUCCAAAUAUGCAGUUUUGUAUACUAUACAUGCUUUGCAAAGAAAUUUUGCCUAAUAUAAUGCAUUUUUAAAUGCUAUUUUCACUUAUAGAUGCAUUUAUAUGUAUUUACCCUGGUACAGUAAAUGCAUUGUUAUAUAUAAAGUGGCUGGAAAGUGGCGCUGCAAAUUUCAGACAGGUGUGAAUUUUGAAAGGUGUCUGUGUCUCAGUUCAUGCACUUUUUUUUCUUUUUUUCUUUUUUUUUUUGAAAACUUGAAUUAGGCAGCUUCAGUGCCAGAUUACCAGAUAGGAAGAGUAGGCACCAGCCUAUGGGCCCCAUGCCUUUUAGGGGUCCUGUGACAACAGAUUAAAAUAAUAUUGAUUUGUUCUUGAAAGAAAAUUACAAUCAUGCUUUCUUGGUUCAAUGUUAUCCCACUAGAGUGGGGGCCCGCAAGAUUUCAACUGCCUAGGGGCCACAGGGUUCAAUCCAGCACUGGGCAGGUUCGCUUUUAAAUGCUAAUGAAUGAAAUUUAUCCUCCUCACCCAGGAGCGACUCAUUCAUGCUGGAGCACAGACCACAUUGUUACCCCAUUAGCAAUAAAGGAUUCUAAGGGUUACCAAAGGUCUCGAUUUUGGGAGUAGCGCUCAUAUUCCACAGAGGCUCACUAUGCAGUCAUACUAUGACUCCAUGGCUAUAGAGCACUGACAGAAGCCGAGAACUGGGAGUGAGCAGAGCAGUGUCCUUAAGACUGGAGGCAGGGACACUUGACUGAGGGUAAGUCCCAUUGAAACUGAAAGCAAAAAAAAUUAAAUCCAGAGUUCCUUAAAAUAUUUCGCAAGCAAAAUUUGCUUGGUGGGUUGUUGUUGUUUUUAAAAAAUGGAUCAUUAUUACAUGAAAAAUGCUGCCCUUAAAUGAGACUGGAGAAUCAGGAUGUUCCAAUAAGAUCCACACAUUGCUCACUGUUUGCUGUCUCCUGCUCUCUCCUACAACUCCCAUCAUUCCUGACCAUUGGAUGUGUUCAGCGUCUGGAAGGCAACAGGCUCCCCAUCUCUGUGCUACAGUUCAUUUUUGUUUUUCCGCUAGGGUCAUCCCUGAUUGGAGGUUAAUCAGUACUGCUUCUGGGGCCAGCCCUUGCAAUCAUAUCUGUAUAAAAAUAAACAUGUUGCCUGCCUUCUCUCUCAGCUCAGCAUGCAUCCCAUAAUUAAUCUUCAUCAUUUCCAUUUUUAAUAAGUUAAUAUCAAACUUAUUUCUAAAUCCUUUCCUCUCAUCCUUCUUUCUCUCAUGCCUCUUCCCCUGACUGCUUUAGAAUACUCUUGUCCAUUGCAUGCAGCUGCUGACUGACAUAUGAAUAAGGCUUGGGCACUGUACUAAUUAUUAUUAAUACUUAUUGUAAUAUCUACUGCAUAUCUGCAUAUCUACUGGCAGAUUAGCAUGUUGAUCCCAUUCAGAAAAUGAUUUCUGCUGAAUCAUGCCCAGCAAAAUACCAGGCAGGAAAUCUUUCACAUGGUAAUUCCCAGACCAUGUGUGAAGCAACACAAAUUACUGUUGAUAUAUUGCAGGAAAUGAAAUGCCCCUAUGAGCUCCAAAAUGCCCACCAACAGAAGAGGCUGCUUAUUGCUUCUCUAGAUGAUUCACUGCUCUGAAUCUUGCCUCUAUUCAAGCAGAACAACGGCUCCCAUAGGGGCAUAAGGCGUAAUAAUUAUUGUUAUCAUUUAAAUAGACAGUGCAAUCAGGAUGCCCCCAUUUCCAGGCAAGUACCUCGCCUUUCCCAUUUCCAUUGCUAAAGCCCUGUCAUUAUUUGAGGAAAAGACACUUUGCAUAUAUUCUCAGUAAUAUAUAUUCUCAGUUAUAGAUAGAUAUAGACCCAUGCUUCAGUAUCAGAAGCAUGGUGGGGGGGACUCCCUGCCUAUUGAUAUUAGGCAGAUGCCUUUGCUGUACAGUGGUACCUCUGGUAACGAACUUAAUUUGUUCUGGAGGUCCGUUCUUAACCUGGAACCGUUCUUAACCUGGGGUACCACUUUAGCUAAUGGGCCUCCUCUUGCCGCCGCACCACCAGCAUGACAUUUCUUUUUCUCAUCCUGAGGUAAAGUUCUUAACCCAAGGUACUACUUCCGGGUUAGUGGAGUCUGUAACCCGAAGUGUUUGUAACCCGAGGUAUCAGUGUACUGUUUUCGGCACCAGCUAAGUGUUUUUGUUUAAGCAAACCUACCUAGACAUGCAAAUCUGACCUGUAUUUUAAUGCAGUAUGUAAUUUUAUUUAAAAAUACUAGUAUUGUGUUGAAUUUUUUUUUAACAUCUUAUUUUAUUGGCAAUUUUAUCAUAUAUCUUAUAUUUUAUGUAAACCAUUUAGAUGUUUUGAGGAUUAAGCAGUAUGGAAAUUCUCUUCACAAAAUCUAACUGAUGAGGCAAAAUUCAACCCACGCACACACAAGAAAAGCAUGUGUGUGGGUUGAAUUUUCCCCACAGCACCUCUGGUUCACUCUCACACACAGUCCUCAUCUGGACAUAACUCUAUGCCAAAUAAUGGUUUAGUCUGAAUGAGCAAUGAGAAUGUUUUGCUCCUCCCCUGAUGUUUUGCUCCUGCACUGUGCUGAGCUGUGAGCAAACCAUGAGCCAGGGCUUGGAUGACACACUAAGCCAAACCAUGACUCAGUAGCAAAACAACUGGGGAGGGACAAAACACCUCCAUGACCACUAAACCGUGGUUUGGCUUAGUGUUGCGUGUGAACCAGACCACAGUGGAAGUAAAUCUUUUGGGGUGCAAAAAUGAAUCUAAUUUCAAUUGGGAGGAAGGGAAGUGUUAUUGCGCUGAUAGUCAUUUGGCAAAUGCAACUAACAGCAUAACAGAUUAACCCUUUGUCCAGGGUAUAAUUGCAUGGGUAGGCUAUUCUUUGCUUCUUAAGCUGGUCGCUCUUAAAGCCCCUUCAAACCACCCUGUCAAAUGAUUCUUUCCUCAUUUUGUUCCACUUUGUUUUCAGCCUUUCGAGAAAGACGGCAGGGCCUCAGCAGGGAUGAUUUCCGCUGGCAAUUAUGUCACUCGAAUAGCUUAAUUGACUCUCUUAAACGCAGCCAGAUGGUAGGAGUCUCCCUCUAAAAAGCCUGUUGCCUCUUCUUUAUGAGUGUCUUAAAAUAACACCACUGGUUCUUUUAGUGGCUCUUGACUGCAGAGUAGCUGCAACAUGAGGUAAUGCCACGCGUAUUUAUCCCGGCCCUCAAAAGCUUUCCCAAACAACUUCAUGAUAGUCUUCCUCCUCAGCUGUUUUUCCUGGCUGUAUCCACACCAUACAUUAAAAACCCUAUAUUAUUAUUAUUAUUAUUAUUAUUAUUAUUAUUAUUGUGGUACCUUGGAUUACAGACGCUUUGGGUUAUGCGUUUUCAGGUUAUGGACCGCGGGAAACCCGGAAGUACCGAAAAGGGUUACUUCCAGGUUUUGCCAAUCGCGCUUUGCGUGUGCGCAGACGCAACACUGCAGGUUACGAACGCUGCAGGUUGCGGACGGUGCCUCUGUCAUGAAUUACAUCCGCAACCCGAGCUCCCACUGUAUUCAGCUUACAACAAAAAUCUAAAUUCUCUGUCAGGCAAUAGCACACAACAAAUGCCAAGGUAAGUAUUGUUCAUCCCGAAAGCUAAGCAAUAUAAGCACCAAGACAUUACCUAAUUUAAAAAUUGUACAAGCCAGAUAUUCCAGAAUACUGAUGGCACAGGCCAGCCGGUCUCUUCCUUAUUUGCAAAGGUCAUGAAACUCUGCCACUCUGUUGCAAAACAGUCCUUUUUCCUUCCGGUCUCUAGCUGUUCAUAAACAAUGAGUCAAUUUCUCAACCAAAACUCUAGUCUAUGCUUUCGUAUACCACUGUUUCACGGUAAGCCCUUUCAGGUCCUUCCAAUAUCCAGCUAUCGGUCUUCACUGCUACCAAGAGGUAGCCAAUCAAUACAUUAGAAAGUCCCAAAAUCGAGGAACUUUUUUUACAGCUCCACCACAUGUGAGUAAAAUAACCCACCUCCCCACAAAUCCCUGGAAAGAGGGAUUUAUUGAAAAACCUCUCUGCAAAUUGUAGCUCUGUGAGUCAAAUAGGGGGUCUCAUAACCACUCUCAGUAUCCUUUGCAAACUAUUAUUCCCAUGAUUCUUUGGAGGAAGCCAUGACUCUUAAAGUGGUAUUAUAGUGCUUUAAAUGUAUGAUGCAGAUGUGUGACCCCAGUUGCUCCUUAGCACCUAAUCUUUGGCUUCCAGGGCCCUACCAUUAGGCAGAAUACGAAUGCCUCAGGUAGAAGAUUUUGGGUGUCGUGAAAGGGUAUCAAGUUGUUAAUUAUUGAAUUUAUGAUUGUUGCAUUUUUCCUGUCAAGGAGGAGUGUUUGUGGGAUUUAUCUGCCUCAGGUGUCAAAAUAACUUGACCAGCCAUGGGUACUAUGCCCCAUGAUCUGAGGUGGAAGGUUACUGCACAGCCAUAGGCAACGAACUAUCUUGAGCCAUCCCUGCCUCCUGCACUGCUCAGAGUUGGGAAAUGAUUUCCUCUCCUAAGACAACAGCUUAACUUUUAAGAUUCCAUGAUCUUAUGGCUGGACAGUCUCUGAGCAUUUCCCAAAAGGAUAUGUCAUGAGCCAAACAAAAAUGUCUCUGGGCAUUUAGGUUUCAAAGGUGGUCAAAAGGACCAUGGAGUUCACAAGACAUUUCAGGGCUGUGGGUCUCAGUGAAUGAAGUCUCUCUCUUACUCAUUUUCUAACUGAAGCCUAACUGCAAAACACUUUGGGGCUCUUUGUAAAGACUGCUAACAUUUGACAUGCAUUCUGAGAAUGGGAAUUUUGGACAAGCUUACCCUUCCUUGAUUGCCUGGUCCAACUGGUUUAAAAUAUUUCUUCACUUUUUUUUCUUAAAAAAAUGAAGCCUCCGGUUUUAAUUCUGUUACCAGAUCUGCUUACGUGUCUAUAGAUCUGCACCCUUGACAGAAAUAUCACUUUUAGGGAUCUUUACUGGAAAUUAUCAGACAAGACAAAUGCUAUUGCAAAAGACAUGAUUACGUACUUUAAAAAAAAACAAAAAACCAGUCUUGUCUUGCUUAUUUGGGAGAAUGAGCAAGAACUAUCAAAUGCCAGUCUAAAUUAAUAUCACUGUUUAUUACUUAUUUAUAUCUAGGGGUAACUAAUCCCAGUUCAGAGGUAGUGAAUCUAGGGAACUAUAAGGAACGUAGGAUAGGAAGGGGAUGGGAUGUUAAUAAUUACCUGUCCUGAGGAAGGGAGAAUUAAGAGCACUGGCUUUUUGAGUUUCACCAUGACCUGCAGGGGCACAAUCAUGGCCAAGUUCAGGGUUUCUGCCCAAAGCUAAAUGUUAAAUAGUUAGUGGCCAGCCCAGCUAGCUAUUCCGCACCCUUGCCAUAAACUUUUUUUGAUGAAUUCAAUGUAUGGGAUGUUUUAGUCCUGUCUUUUUAAAAUAUGAAUGUGCUUUUAGUUUUCACUGUGUUUUAGUUCUAUGUUGGCUUUAAUGUAUGUGUUAUUUUUUCUGGUAAAUUGCUCUGAGUUACAUUUGGGGGAGGGGAGUGGCAAAUAAAGCCAAUAAAUAAUACAACAAUAAUAUCAGAAUUUUUGCCCUAUUGACACAGUAGCAAUUAUGUUGUUUUUUUAAUAGAUUUAGUAUAAUUGUGCUGUAUAAGACACACUUAAACAAGAUGUGGUGUUGCUAAUUUUUAUGCUGAAUUAUUGCAUUGUUUUAUUUAUUUAGAAGAACUCCUCAAUGUGGGAUUGAUUUUUUAAUAACUAAAUAUAAUCAUGUCAGUGAAAUAUUUCUUCUUCGGUGAUCACUCGUAGCCAAGUAAGUUUGUCUUUCAUAUACACGGUUUUAAAAGUAAGUCCGUAAGUGACUGUGGAGGCCAAUUCUGGAUCCACAUGUCCUUCCACAGCGGGGACAUAGGUUUUCGGGCAGGAGUUGAUCACAGUGAGGGUUUGCCAAGCGUGCUUUCCUCUUAGCACGUUUCUCCCUUUCAUCUUGAGUUUGUGCUUCUUCAAAGUCCAUGACACCUUUGGUAAAGGCUGUUCUUCAACUGGAGUGCUCGCAAGCCAGUGUUUCCCAGUUUUCACUGUUCAUACUACAUUUUUUAAAAUUUGCCUUGAGAGAGUCUUUGAAUGUCUUUUGUUGACCACCAGUAUUACGCUUACCAUUUUUAAGUUCAGAAUAGAGUAGUUGCUUUGGAAGACGAUCAUCAGGCCACAGUGGUUUGGAAGUGAAAUGUAGUUUGCCAAGCUAACCUUCUGGCUUUGCUGAAUAAUAACAUGGGGUGUUUUCUCAUUUCCAUUAGGAAGUCAAUGUCGGAAGGUGGAGAGGAUAGGGGAGUCCUCACUAGAGACACAGAAACUAUGACACAAAAUAUCAUCAUCUGGCUCUCAAGGCCCCUGUCAGCCUUCAUUGUUUUGGCCAACAUCUUCCUCAUCCUUGGGAUCCUCUUCAACCGUAGACUCCGCAACACCACCAACUGGUUCUUCCUGAGCCUACUCUUUGCUGAUCUUCUGGCCGGCUUAUUCCUUCCCAAUAUUCCUGAGCUGUCCUCGACGAAGGAUUUAAACUACCACCUCUGCUUCUUCAACUAUGUGGCACCUAACUUCAUCUUCCUUGCUUUCUUAGCCAACCUGCUGGUGGUGCACUAUGUUAAGUAUGUGUUCAUCAUCCGCUCACUGCAUUACCACCGGUCCUGGGUGUAUCGCUGGCCUGGUUUUUACAUAUUCAUAGCCUGGACAGCUCCUUUGAUCUUUGCAUGCCUCCCACUGGCUUGGAACCAGUGGCGGCCCCAUGCCAACUGUUCCUUUGGUCUGGUCUUCCCUAUUCCUUACCUCUAUCUAGAGACCUAUGGCUUCCUCAUUCCAUCCAUCCUUGCCAUGGGCUUCAUGUGCAUCCAGGUGCUGUGCACAUCCCGAAGGCAGCUUAAGGACAUCACAAGACUCCUUCAUUCAGUGAACCAAGGCCAGCCUCCUUCAGAGCUGGAGCAGCAACUGGAACUGAGGAAUGUUAAGAAGAUCGCUAGUGUCUCCUUCAUCUUCGUGGCCUGCUGGGUGCCCUAUAUUGUUUGCCUGAAUAUCUCACUGCUGUCUAUAGAUCAUAAUCAUAACAUCCACCCUCUCAUUAUUCCUAUCGUCACCUGCAUAGGCACCAGCAGCGCAGCUGCACUGCCUGUCAUCCUCAGCCUUGGCAACAGACAGUACACACAAUUUUGGACAGACAUGGCCACCAAAUGCUGUGGGGGCUGUUGUCAAAGACAGGGGCGCAAGGAAAGGAAAGCCAAAGCAAAGGCCCACUUGCCACAUGGUCAUCAUUGCCCUGCAGAGGCAGACCUCAAUGGGGCACCAGGCUGAUACCUUCGGAGGUAGCAAAUUGUCACUAGAAGCAAGCAAAACCACACUCUGAGUAAGAUUGUAUAUGUAGACAGAUCUUGGAAAUGGGCCCUGGUCAUAAUCAGUAAGUCACCC